CGUAGCGACCGAGCUUUGGCUCGGACUUGGUUGCUACGUAGAGACCGGGUAGCGUGCAUGUGCGGUAGUUGCGCAAUGACCGAGCUUGGUUUUUCCACUUUGAGCUUUCAAGGAUACUUCUUCGUAAAAACUUCGUAUUGGUUAUUUUUUACGAAAAUCAUAUUUUUCUUUUACUAUCUUUUCGGAAAUACGAUUUCCGAGGGUUUUCGGGUGUUAAUUCCGUCAUGACCGUUUUUUACCCCAACAGUCAGUAGAGGGGUUAGUCAGACAGUAUUAGCUAAGUUGCUGGUUAGAUGGAUUUGGUUGCUAAGCUAGGACAUGGUAUAUAGAAUACCUCUAAAGUUCGAAUUGAUUUGAUGUGGCUUGCAACAUUGUAGAGGUGAUGAUAAUUAGUUCUUAAAUUGUGUGAGUCCUUGCUGUUUUUAAACCUCUUUCAUAAAGACUACUCUUUGUUUUGCUUGAAGGACAAGCAAAAUGGUAAGUUUAGGGGAGUUGAUAUACCAUGGAUUUUACCCAUUUUUAGCCAUGGUAUAUAGGUGUUUUAGUAACUAUUUAAUCUGUUUUGGAGUCUUUUUAGUAUAUUUACAUGUUCAGAAGUGUUUUGGAGGAAAGUGGUGAUUUUGGUGCAUUUUGGAGAUAAAAUGAGAAAAAGCCCGUAGUUGACCAUCGAACCAGUAUGGAAGUCGACAAUCAAAGACAAACAUCGAUGGACGCACAUCCUGUGCCGUCGAUCGACAGUGAAGCGCGCAAGACCCGUCUAGGUUUUCACAACACAUUUUCAAAAAUACCCUUGGCUGAUUUUCACCUAAUAUUUUUGUGCUCUGCCAUUGUUCUAGGCAACAUACGAUUUCAUACUUUUCACUUUUAACAGCAAGCAAUACUUAGGAUUUUUAGUAGAUUUGGAGAGAAGAUCCAAGACUCUUUCAGAGAUUUGUAUUGGAAUUCCAGUAUUUCUAACUCUAUUCUAUUUGUGCAUUUAUUCAGUUAUUUGUUAUGAAUUGUUUUGUCAUGUCUGAGUAAUUCACCUGUUAGAUUUAGGGUUCAAAUAAGUAAAGAGGGAUUAGUCCAAAAUAUUGAAUUGCUAAUGUGACAAAUAUCCUUCAAGGAAUUGUUGUUAAUGCAUGUGUUCUAGAGUAGCUAACUAGAACCUUGAGCUUAGGAUGUAGACAACUACGACGGUAGGUUCUGCACCAGAAUUAAUUCCCUUGAGCUAAUAUUGCUAGAAACAAGCAACAGCUAAUCUAGACAAUACUAGUGAACCUAUCGAUCAACUCGCUAAAGCCUGCCUAAGGGAACAUCGAUCGACCUUCUUACCAUAACAUCGAUCGAUGUUUGAUUCGUAUCAACAAGCGACAGCUGCGAUAUUGGACUUAUCAAAACACAAGAAUCACAUGCGAAAGCUGGAUAUCUUUACACUAGAAGUCGAGUUCUAGGAUUGACAACCUAAAUAUUCUAUACCUCUAUAAUCCUAAUUACCUGAAUAUAAACCCUAGAUCUAGUGAUUUCUAAUAAUUGGUUACAAACUUCAAACCAAUCAACUGCCUUGUUCUCUUUAAUUGCAAUUUACUAUUUUUAUUAUUUACCUAGCUUAAUCACAAACUGUUUAGAUCUAUUGUGUGUCAUAUUUCCUUGUGAAUUUGAUCCUUAAGUACUACAAAUUGACCUCUUAUUUAGGAGAGUAAAAAUCACUCUUUAAGGUAAUUUGAGUGAUAAGAUUUCACCUCCUAUUUCACCAACCAAUAAUAGUUUGUCUUUCAUAUUCAGUUUUUGAAAAAAUAAUAAUAAGAAUUUUCCAAGUCAUAUUAUGUGUUUAAAAUAAAAAAAGGUAAAAAUAAAUUUAAAGUAGUAGUAGCUGCCAAAAAGAAGAAUUUUUUUUAACAUUGUUAACACCGUCAACAAAACACCAAAUCAUAAAUCAUAAACACUAAAUACUAAACUUUAAACCCUUGGAUAAAUCCUAAAUCCUAGGGCUUAAAGUCUAGGGUUUAGAGCUUUGCUGACGGCAUUAAGGAUUUAGUGGUUAUGAUUUAGGUUUUGGAUUUACCCAAUGAUUUUGGGAUUUACCCAAGAGUUUGGAAUUUAGUGUUUAGGAUUUAGAGUUUAGUAUUUUGCUGACUAUGUUAACAAUGUUAUAAAAAAAAUUACUUUUUUGUAGCUACUGUUGUUUUUUAUUAACUUUACCUUUUUAUUUUGAAAACAUAAUACAAUAUGACUUUGACAAUUCUUAUUAUUUUGUUUUCUUUUCUAAAAAAAAUUGAAUAUGAAAUAACAAACUAUUAUUGGUUGGUGAACCGGUUCACUCUAGAAAGUGAACCUAAAAAAAACUCAAAAAAUAAUUAGUAUAAAAGCAAUGGCAGCGCAACGUUUAGAAUUGCGAAGUGGGAACGUUUUACCAAAAAAAAAAACGGUUAUAGAACUGUUGAGACAGCUAUGGAUAAGGGAAAAAACAUGGCGAGGGAGGAGCUUGAUACCGUGGCAAUAGAGCCGCUUAGCCCGGUAUCACAGUUGCUCAGUUCACCAGAAACGUUCAUUGUGAUAACUUUUGGGUCAAAAACUAGAUUGAACCUAUCUUCCUUUGUUGAAGGCCUCAACAACACAUUGAUCAAUGCUCCCAGAUUUUGUUGCAAAAUGGACACCGACUAUAAGAAAAACGGAGAACCAGUCUGGAUCCCUGUUAGUGUUCGAGUAGAAGAUCAUGUGAUUGUUCCUGAUCUUGAAUAUCACAACAUUGACAAUCCUGAUCAGUUUGUAGAAGACUACACUUCCAACCUUGCUAAUAUUCCCAUGGACAUGUCCAAACCUCUUUGGGAGUUUCAUUUUCUCGACAUUAAGACAUCAAAUGCAGAAUCUAUUGCAAUAGCAAAAAUACAUCAUUCAAUAGGUGAUGGAAUGUCCCUUGUGUCGCUCUUAGUUGCUUGUGCACGAAAAACAUCAGAACCUAGCGCACUAACAUCUACUACAACAGCUACAGCAAAACAUGUUACUUCCAUGUCUUCGGCUCGGUGGUUGUUUUCUGGAUUUUUGUUAAUGAUGAUGGCCAUAUUCUCCACUAUUGUUGACGUGUUUAAAACUCUUCUUACAAUAUUAUUUCUGCGCGAUACCAAAAAUCCUCUUAUGGCUAAUCCAAACAAUGGGAUUCGAUCUUGGAAGGUUAUCCAUCAGACAAUAAGUUUUGAUGAUGUGAAGUUAGUGAAAAACACAAUGAACAUGACGGUGAAUGAUGUUCUUCUUGGAAUGACACAAGCAGGUCUUUCAAGAUAUUUGAGUAGAAACUAUGAUGGAUAUACAAUGUCCGAGAAGAAAAAAACCUUAGAAAAAAUUCGUGUUCGUGGAUCUGUUCCUGUAAACCUAAGACCAGCAACAAAGAUAGAGGAUCUGGCUGAUAUGAUGGCGAAGGGUUCAAAGUGUAGAUGGGGAAACUUGGUAGCAGUUGUUUUAUUUCCUCUAUGGAUAAAAGUAGAAGAUGAUCCGCUGGAGUAUAUCCGACGGGCCAAAACUAUCAUGGAUAGGAAAAAAAUCUCUCUGGAAGCUUUUAUUUUGUAUGGAAUUAUAAAAUUCACCUCGACACUUUUUGGGAAUAAGGGAGUACAAGAGAUUGGAGCGAGGAUAUUUGGUCACACAACAAUGACAAUUUCAAAUGUGAAAGGUCCCCAAGAAGAAAUAAGUUUAUUUGGCCAUCCGGUUUCCUAUGUAGCGGGAAGUGCAUUUAUUGGGCAACAAGCUCUUAUUAUCAAUUUUAUUAGCUAUAUAGACAAGAUUGUCAUAAAUCUAGCUGUUGAUACAACAACGAUCUCAGAUCCUCAUCUACUAUGUGAUGAUCUGGUAGACUCGCUCAAGAUAAUCAAAUCAGCCGUGCGAGAAAAAGGAUUUCACAACGGGGUAAUCUGAAACAGAUCACCCUGAGUUAAAAAAGCCACCGUGUGUUUCAUCAAACUAUGUACUAUAAAAUUGACGUUUUCGAUUUCAAAUGUAAUAAAAGGGUGAGGUGAAAUGUAAAAUAAAAAGGACUGGUAAAAGGAAAAAAAAUUCAGUGAUUAAAUGUAAUAAAACAUUACGUGGUGAAGUAUAAGUUUUUGUUAUAAGUAAGAAGAAGAAAGAAGGAAUUGGUGUCUUAAUUCAUGAAUAAUGAGUCUUUUAUAUAGGAGUACAAUAGUUUGGAGACAAAUCUAACUUGGAGAAUAAGUAAAGCUAGGGAAACAAGUAUAUAUAUGAUUUGCCAUAAUGGACAUCACCAUAAUAUUCAUAAAACUUCCCUUGAUGACCAUUAUGCCGUAAGAUACUGCCUCGUUAAAAACCUUACAAAAAACCCAAUGAGAAAACCCGUGGUUAACGGAAAAAAAAUGCAAGACGAAUGACUUUCCCUCAUAUGUACAUACGUCAAGAUUUGUAAAAUACAAACAUCUUCAUUAUUCUGCAGUGCAUGUCUCUUGUAUGUUUUGAUCAUUUUCUUGGAUUCUCUUGAUCUCAAAAUUUUUUAAAUGGUGAUAGACUUUCAUUUUUGAAGUUGUAACAUUCUUCUUUGGUGUCUAUCAUUUGUGUUUGUUUUUGUUGCUUAAUACAUUGUCGAGGAAAUUCCUAUGGAAUAAAAACCAUGUACGGAAAAAGAAUACAACCACACAUAUUAUCACAUUUCUUUGCUUAGAAGCAAUAUCUUCAGGAUAUGCAUUCCGAUCAAAUAUAUCUUUAGAAAAUUGAGAUUAGCAGAAUAAACUAUUUUUUUAUUUAUAUUAUAAUAUCUAGGGUCUUUAGACUUCUACUCUGUAAUUCUCUUUUGACAUAGAAAACAAUUUCUUGGUCUAUUUGGACUUUAAGCCAAAUUUCUUUACAUACACUCGUCCUAUCAUUAGUCUUGUACGUACUUAUUCACGCUCUUAUUAUAAAAGUUAAUGUUAUGACUUUAUUUAUUGUCAUAUAAAAUUAUAUCCUUCAAUCACAUAAGAGAUUAGUAACUUUCUCAAAUAACACUUUUAAUAUAUCCCAUGAAAACGAAUUUGUUUUAAUUCGAUCUAAUUGCUAGAGUUCUCGAGAAGUCGAUUUUGAUAUAAUCAUUCCUUCAUGGAUUUUAUAUUUCAGGGAUUAUCCUUUUUUAGUGGGUAGUAUAAUUCAAGUUCUUCUUUUAUUGCCAGACUAAUAAAGAGCUUGAAAUUCGUUGCAUCUACCACAUGAGACUUUGUCUCUUCAUAAUCAGUUCCAUAUCGAUCUUUCUUUGGUGCAAAAAAUUAUUUAUAUCCCACUUGGUUUAUACUUUUUGGUGUAUAGACUACUAGUCUAAAUACUUCUCUCUUUCGCAAGAGAUCUAUAUCUUUAUCUAUUUGUUCUUUGUAAUUUGGCCAAUCAUUUCUUUUUGUACACUUUUCAAUAGAUUUUUUUCAUGAUUCUCUUUCUCAUACAUCAUAUCAACUUCUAUUUUGCAUACAUAAAUAUCAUCAACGUCGAUUUCCUUAUCAGUUCUAUUUUAUUUCAUACAUGAGAUAACUUAUUGAGAUCUCUUCACUGUCGUAUAGGUACCUGAAUAUCUUUCAGUCAUGUUUAACGUCUUUUUUAGAGAUCAUCCAAAAACUAUAUUUCCUCAUGACAAUUAUUAAUUUAUGCUCCUUUUCAUUCACGAGAAUUCUUAUCUUUGGAACCAACAUAUCUACCACGCUUCAGGGGUAAAUUAGACUUACUCGCGGUUUGAUAUUGUCCUUUUGAGGCAUCAAUUCUUAUUGGAUCAUUUAUAACUAGUAUAUGUGACUUGAUCACUAUUUAUCUGGGUCAAUAAAUAUAUAUAUAUAUAUAUAUAUAUAUAUAUAUGUUAACUUAUUUUUUGAGAAUUCAUUUCAACUUAUUUUUCCUUUACAGCAGUUUAUUUUCUCCCUUUAUGUAGGAAAUACUAUUUCAACUUUAACAUUCAGAUCAAGCCUUACUUAUAUCUUUCGGGGAUUAGAUUCUUAAGUAUCAAUAGAAAUGCAUAUCCAACAUAUCAAUUGAAAACACAUCUUAAUUAGGCUUUGUGUGGAGCAACUAUAUUGUAUAUUGUACAUUCAACACUCUUAGACGAAAAAUGGUUGGGUUUUGACCCAAUACCAACGAUGGGGAGAACUGGUGAUUAUUCGUUGGUUUGAUGUGAAUUAUGUUGCUCAAACUGUUCAUUAUUAUUUCAAUGAACAUGCAAUAAUUAUUAAAUAUUUAUGAAUUCACCAAAAUUAUAAAGAUGCAUAUUGGGUGACCAAUCCACAACAUCUCUUUUGUUCAUACCAAUAACUUUCUAUGACUGGUGAAAACCAUAUUACCAUUUUAUUUUGUGAGCAAACAACAUAUGAAAAAUCAUUUGGAAGAAUCUUAUUGUUCUUCAAUGAAUAUUCACAAAAAUAUUUAAGUAUCUUUUUGCAUCAUUACUAAACCAAAAUGGUCUAACUAGUUCGUGCCAAAAAUAUUGCAAACCACAGUUUACUAUAAUAUUUAUCUCAAGUACACUAGUCUUUGUGUAGUAUAAUUUAUAAAAAAGAUGUAUGUAGUUUUUCCAAAAUAUGUUUAGUGCCUUGAGAAAUCUUUUUGAUUAAAAAUGUAUAUAGAAUUUCUUUUGCUUGUUGUCUCAACGUCAUCUGUCUCAAAAUCCUAUAGAUUUACCUUAAGAAGAUUCAUCAAUCUCAAUUCGAGUGAAAACAUAAUAUUCUGGAUGUUUCACUGUAGAUAAAAUGUGAGAUUUCUUAACUCUUUCCAUCAAGAUGAUAAUACUACAAGUUUAUGAAUCUCGAAUUGAAUCUCAAUUAAAAAUUUACAACAUGCCCUAUUUGAGUCAUGUAUUAUUUCUUAGAUUCUUGCAACCACUUUUAUGUUCACUUUCUUGGCCAAUACUAUUUGUGUGGAUUUCACUACAAGAAAACAUGGAUUUUGCGUCUACAACAUCUGUAGGUAAACAGUCGAUAAAAUGGAUUUUACAACUGUUUUACGACUGAUUCCGGUGAUCAUAAUUGUGCUUGCCGCUAAAUUAAACAGUAGUAUAUCAGUAGCUAUAUAGUCGUAACCUUUGCGACUGCGUUGCAACUGCAAGCACGACUACAUUACUGAGUGAAGCGUAGUCACUAUAUUAGUCGUAAAUUUUUGCUACUGAUUUACGACUGAUUUUUGACUGAGUAAACGACUAUAUUUACUAUCGUUUAUAUGACUACUUAAGCGAAAAAUAAAUUCUUAGGUAUUCAGUCGCUAAUAUUUGCUACUACAGCACGACUGAUUGGCGACAAAUAUAGUGACUAUUUUAACAACUGAAUAUAACAUCGGAUUUAUUUUGCGACUGAAUACCGACUGUGUUAAGACCAAUUGUACGACUGAUUUACUACUGUUAAGAACAUCGAUUUAGCAGUUUCGUACUUUCUUUAUUUAAUUGGGUUGGGGAUUCAUCAAUAGUAGUAUAUGCUAAUAGUGUUAUUUCACCUAGAAAGCAAAUUAGAACUAAAACAAAAAGAGUUUGAUAUAAAAUAUAAAAAGUUAAAAUUUACAUUGAAAAACAACUCCAAAACAUAAAAAGUUAUUGUAGGCCCAAACAUUAAAAAAAAAAACACGAUCAAAAGAUAACAAACAAGAAGUCAUGGAAACCUAUAACUGAAGGGGAUCAGAUUGUGUGGUUUCACUGGCUAU